CAUUGAAAAAUACUAAAGUACUGUUGUGAUUUCCUACAGUAUCAACCAGUUAACAUAUGGGGGCUUGGCGGUUAUAACACUUUUGUCCAUGACAACAUCUGGUACAAAGGUCGUGUUGCUCUUCAGUAGGUUUAAAGUGAUGACUCAAUCUCUACGAAUAGCCAAUGGGCCGUGUAAACAUUGUACUCACCCAUGUCCUUGAUUUUGAUAUUGGUAUCGAAAAGAGAACGGUUCUUCCGACCCAGCAAAUUCAGACCCUUCUUCAUGAUUAUUGUUAAGUUAAAACACAGCUACGACUGGUCGGCUCUAUACUUAGUGACGCAUUUUGAAUGAAAAGGUAAAUCCGAGGUAAAGCGAAGGUGAGUUACUUUCGAGACAGGUGCACCGCCGCGCGCCUGGUAAAUCUAACUCCACUGAUUUGUUGUACGCUUUUCGGGACAGACAGAGAAAAUGGAGAUAACCACGCCCACCCCCUUUCACCGUGCCUCCCUGUUUUAUACACUCCCAACAGACAUGGGAAACAGCAAUGGGACGACUGUGGAGGAACUAAAAGCUUGUGAAAGUCAUCAAUGGUACAGAAAAUUCAUGACUGAGUGCCCAUCUGGACUUCUCACCUAUUACGAGUUUAAACAGUUCUUCGGCCUGAGGAAUCUGUCAGAAGCGUCAAAUGCCUACGUUUGGACCAUGUUCUCUACGUUUGAUAUGAACAGUGAUGGCUACAUUGAUUUCAUGGAGUAUGUGGCUGCUCUGAGUCUGGUGCUAAAGGGAGGAGUGCAGCAGAAGCUCCGUUGGUACUUCAAACUGUAUGAUGUAGAUGGGAGUGGCUGCAUCGACCAAGAGGAGCUGCUUCAGAUAAUUAAGUCCAUCCGUGCAAUUAAUGGCAUUCCCAGUGAGAUUUCAUCAGAGGAUUUUGCCAACAUGGUGUUUGAAAAGAUUGACGUCGAUGGAGAUGGUGAACUGUCCUAUGAGGAGUUCAUGGAGGGGAUUCAGAAUGACGAAAUGCUGCUGGCGACACUAACAGAGAGUUUGGACAUCACACAUAUUGUCAACAAAAUUCAAGGAGAGAUAAGAGCCAACAUCUGAUACCUCUAUCUUUAUUGACACUUAAAUAUACAUUUUUGCAUAACUGUGCCACAGCUGAAGAGAUGGAUAAUCCACAAAUCCUCAUCAGGAUAAAAGGAUGUGUACCAAAGUCUGGGUCACUGUCAAUGUACAGCAUGGUUGUACUCCUUUGGUUUACUAACUCAUAGACUAUCAAUGACUGAUGUGAUUUUGUAAUCAGUGAAACAACACACUUUAAAUGCAAAGUAUUCUACCUCAUAGUUUAGAAUGCUUUCAACAUGGACCUUAACCAUAUUUAUAAAAUAUUGUGACAAUACUUUAUAGUAACAUAAAUUAUUAUGCUGCGAUAAAAUGUCUUUUUGUCUUCUGAAAUAAUCAGACAAAUCAUAAAAACAGGAUAAUACCUCAACUCUUUGUUGGACUGGAAGUGUAAAACUACAUGAUUUCUGUCCAAUGUCCAUGAAGUGCCAUUAUUGAAUUGAUUUUUAGCUAUUGAAAACAUGUUUGCACCACCUAGAUUUCCCUUCAUCUAAGAUAGCAGUAGCUGAUGUAUAUUUUAGA